CCCGGCCCCGCUCCCCGCCCUCCCGCGGCGCCCGCUGGCCGCGCCCCCGCGCGCCGCGCGCCGCCUGGGUCAUGGGGCUGCGCGGGCCUGGGGUCCGGCCGAGCUGACGCGCUGGCGGCCCGCGCGCCCCCUGGGGCCGCCCCCGCCCCCCGCCCGCCGGCGCCUGGCGCUCAGGAUGAUGAAGAAGAAGAAGUUCAAGUUUAAGGUGGACUUCGAGCUCGACGAGCUCUCCUCCGUGCCCUUCGUCAACGGCGUCCUCUUCUGCAAGAUGCGGCUGCUGGACGGCGGCAGCUUCAGCGCCGAGUCCCCCAGGGAGGUGGUGCAAGCGAACUGUGUUCACUGGAGGAAGAAGUUCUCAUUUAUGUGCAAAAUGAGCGCCAGCGCUGCCACGGGCAUCCUGGACCCCUGCAUCUACAGGGUGUCUGUGCGCAAGGAAUUAAAAGGUGGAAAAGCUUAUGCAAAGCUGGGCUUUGCAGAUCUAAACCUGGCAGAGUUUGCUGGAUCAGGAAAUACCACUCGUCGCUGUUUACUGGAAGGCUACAAUACCAAAAAUACAAGACAGGAUAACUCCAUCCUUAAAGUUUUCAUCAGUAUGCAGCUGAUGUCUGGUGACCCAUGUUUUAAAACGCCUCCUUCUACGUCCAUGUCAAUACCGAUUGCCGGUGAGUCCGAAUCUCUGGAAGAAGACAGAAAAGGAGGAGAAACUCUCAAAAUCCAUCUUGGAAUAGCAGAUCUCUCAGCAAAGAGCGCCUCUGUUCCGGAUGAGCUCGGAGCCUGCGGACAUUCGAGAACGUCGAGCCACGCGAGCCAGCAGUCCAAAGUAUCAGGGUACAGCUCGUGCCACUCCCGGUCAUCCAGUCUCUCUGAGCUCUGCCACAGGAGAAACACCUCUGUGGGAAGUACAUCGACGGGCGUGGAAAGUAUUCUAGAGCCAUGCGAUGAAACUGAGCAGAAAGGAGCUGAGCCAAAUCCCGAUGCAGCUGAUAGAGAAGACUCGGCCUCAGAGACACUCAGCAGGUGCCCGGUGAAACAAGAUUCUGUAGAAUUUCAGCUGAAGCGAGUCGAUGACACCAGAGUGGACGCCGACGACAUUGUGGAGAAGAUACUUCAAAGCCAGGACUUCAGCCUGGACUCCAGUGCGGAAGAGGAAGGACUGCGGCUGUUCGUAGGCCCUGGAGGAAGGACGACCUUCGGCAGCCACCAUCCUCCCAGCCGAGUGGUGUCCGGAGCCUACGAACAAGUUGUGAUCAAACGCUAGACGCCCAGCUGGCGAGCGGCGGCUUCCCUGCGGGUGUGAGAGGCGGGCAGCUGAGCGGUCAGGCGCUCUCCCGGGAGAAGGCGGAUCUGUUUGGAAAAGGAGGCGUGUCCGUGUGUCCCAAGGAAAGCCAGCGCACACAGGGACCAUCAGACGGGAGUGUCGGGGCCCCGCGUGUCGUGCGUGUGGAAGUCCCCGGCUUCCGGGGUCACUGCCCGAGAUCAUGCAAAGACCGCUCUUUCUUUCAAAACCCCCUGGAGGGGAAACAGCACUUGCACCCGGGUCUAGUUAGUGUGGAAGCAUAAAACCUGCGGUUGAGGUGCGCAACAGAUUCUAAUUCCUUAAUUUUAUGUUGGAGAGACAAUACAUGACGAUAAAGACCCUAUCAAUUCUGUCAAGAUAGUUGUAACUCCUGCUAAGAGAAUUUUGCAUAUAUUAUACUACCUAGAGUAUUGUACUAAGUUUAACUCCUUUUGAUACAAUUGGUAUAAAAAAGUGUGGGUGUUCAUGCUUUGGGGAAAAGCUAUACUACAGUUGAAACCUUGCAGUAAAAUGCUUAAUGUAAGCGUAUCAGUCAUAGUCGAAUAACAAGUGUAUUUGAGUCUGAGCUCCGUGAAUGGGUGUGAUGCCGUUACUAGGCAGUGUGUGUUGCUACUUGUUAGUAUUAGGUGCUGCAGAACCCCCUAGCACUGUGUCAGACCCACGGGAAGCUCCACGUUCCAUGUUAGGCUGCCCUGCCCGUACACACCCUCACAGACAAGCUGUUUUAACGCGCUGAACAAUGUCUGUUGGUUCAGAGCAACUGGAGGAAAGCUGUGAUAUGAUGAGACACAGAGCAGCCUUCUCUGUAAGUUCCCACUUCUCUGAAAUGGAAAAUGAUUCCAAGGAGGGAGUGGGCAAGACAGGGACCUGUGGUCUUCUAUCUCAGCCCUCCCCCCAUCAGAUACUUGCUCUCUUCUCACUGUGUCAGAAAUUGGUUGUUUUGAGGCAAGAUUAGACUAGAACAUACAUCAAACAGAGCAUUUAAAGUAAGAAUAGCUGGCCCAGCCGGCAUGGCUCAGUGGUUGAGCGUCGACCUAUGAACCAGGAGGUCACGGUUCAAUUGCCCGUUAGGGCACAUGCCCAGGUUGCGGGCUCAAUCCCGGGAGGCAGCUGAUCGAUGAUUCGCAUCAUUGAUGUUUCUCUCUCUCUCUCUCCCACUCGCUUCCUCUCUGAAAUACAAAUAUAUUUUAAAAAAUAAAGUAAGACUAUCUGGGGCUGGCUUGAGCUCAGCAGUUCCUUUGAGUCACUUGCCAACCACUCCUGCUUGCAAGGGUGGUUUGAGACCCAAGGGUGCCUGCCAGCCCUUUAAAUUAAAAAAAUACAAAUAAAGUAAGAAUAUCUGACCUGGAUCCAGGUUAACAGCAAAUAAACCUGAAGAGUUUUUUCUGGUUUUAUGUGACAGUUUCUGUGUGGAAAGACCUUAACUUUCUUAUUCUCACCCUAGAAUAUUUUUCCAUUUAUUUUUAGAGAGAAUGGAAGGGAUGGGGAGAGACAGAGAGAGAAACAUUGUUGUGAGAGAAACAUCGAUUGGUUGCCUCCUGCACACACCCCGACUAGGGGAUUGAGCCUGCAACCGAGGUACAUGCCCUUGACCGGAAUCGAACCUGAAACCCUUCAGUCCGAGGGCUGAUACUUUAUCCACUGGUCCAAACCGGCCAGGACUAGAUCUUAAUUUUCUUGGAAUCAUCCAAUCUGUUGAAAAAAAUGUAGAUUCUAUACAACCAGUAAUUUCCACUCUUUUCUUUCAAAACCAUGUCCAAGCAACAUAAUAUGUUAGAAUUCCUUUGGUCUAUGUAUUUUCAUGUUGGCAAAAUGGGGGGGGGGGUGUUUUUUUAAGAAAAUAUUAUUUUAAUAUUCAAAUUGAGAGGUUGAAGAAACUUUAAAUAGUUCAUGUUAGGGCUUUCUUGUGGUUUUUAAUAUUUCAAGGAUUGAGUAUUCCAAACGAAUCCAAAACUACUUUUACAAAUAGAUUCUGAGAUUCUUAAACCAAUGACACCCAGAUGGGGUUUUUUCUGAGUCACUUACCUUUCUAAGAUUUGUUUUGAAGAAAAAGAAAAUUGACCUGAAGAUUUAAGUCCAGCUAAGGAAAAUGUUACCUCAAGUGGUAAAGACUUGUUGUCUGUGACUAAACAAAUGAAUGAUCCCCUUGUUGUAUAUUACAGAAAAGAAUCAAAGAAAGUUUUCAAUAGAGAUAUGAAGAUAUUGUUUAGAGAGAGAUUUAUUAUGACAUUUUAAAAACCUAUUUUUCUAUUUUCAAAAUAUUAUUCCUAAGCUAUAUUUUUGAUUGGCGCUUCUGCAAAUGGCUUUGCAGUUGUGAAAUGCUAACAACUAGACAGUAGGCCAGGUUCCAUGAGGACAUUCCCCAGCUAUGUCGAAGGUGCUGUAAUUCGGACACCGGCCCUGUUACUCAUCCUUGGCUGCCCUUGUCCAAGACCUUUAUGCGAGACGGGCUCUUGGAAUUUGAAAAUGACACAGAAUUCUUUUCUAACAACAAAAUGUGAAUUUUGAAGAGCAUAAAAAUCAUACCUAUAUAAAUUUAGCAGCCACCAGAUAACAUCUUGAUUUCUAAAUGAGUCAACAUAACAAACCUCUUAAUACAUGGAAACAUAGGAAGAAAAGAGAUGGCAGUGUCCUUCAUAGUCAGUGAAUUCUGCAUCCAUUUUAUUCUGUUUUGUGUGCCGUCAGCACACUUCGCAAUCACAUUUCAUUACAGUCCCUAAAAAUAUGUCAGAGUUUGCCUACGUGUCUGCCUGACUUCCAAGUUCUUCUUUUCUUGGAGCCUGUAAAUCUGCUUAUUCAAUACUAAGUCUACUUUUGGUUUCGUUUUUUUUAGAAAAUCGAAUUUGAAGUAGAUCUUAAUACAUUGACUUCUAAGUAUUAGACUCAAAUUUCAAGUCCCCUAGUCUUGGAGAAUUUGUACAUCUGUAACAUUUCCUAACCCUGUGCUAGAGAAAAAGAUGAAUGGUAUUUUAAAGUGACAUUUCUGACAAGAGUCUUAAAUACCUUGUUUGGGGGAAUUACAGAAGAAGCAGGUCAGGAGCCCACUUCCUGUGGCUUGUGCUGGUGACGGAGACCAGGGAGGAUGUGAAGGGCAGCCAAGGACAGAGAAGGCCUGAGCCAUCGGCUCACCCUGUGCGGUGGCGUUGAAGGCUCUGUAUACAAGCACCUCACGUGGAUUCGUUUUUAUAACCUGACAAAGUCUUGACCAAGAUGCUUCAAGUAUCUACUAGCCUCCAGUCAAAACAUAUUCAGGUAGCAAUGAGAUUCAAUACCUGGAAAACAGCCAGACAUAAUGGUAGACUUUAAGAUUUCCACGCUAACGGCCACUUUGCAAGCUCAGGCUGACAGUAUUGUUCAACGCUUCACUGAAGAACUACUCUGAAGAGUCAGGCUUCCGGGACAUACAACAACGCUCCUGAGAGACUGGGCUCACGUGAGGGCGUUGUGUUUUAUUUUGGCAGGUCUUUAACGGGGGCGGUUCAGAAACUGUACUCGGUCAGUUCUCCUAGAUGGUACGUCGUGUGACUAUAAUCAGGUACUGGAACUGCAUCAUACCACUCUUUAUACGUUGGCUUAGGUACUGUGCAUACUUGUAAGAGCUGAGAUGUUGAAGAAUAUGAAAUCCAAAAAGCAGAAAAGAUGAAAUAUGCCUCUAUGAACCCUGUUUUAAGACUGCUCUGGAAAUAAGGCCUUAUUAUUCCCUUCCAUGUGUGACUUUUCAUAAGAUAAUAAGCAGGCUGGGGCAAAAGUAGGUUUCCAGUUGUUCAUCUGAAAAAUACAAUAAUUAAUAAUAGGUAUUCUAAUUCCUCCCACUUCUCCCAUUCAAUAAAAGGUUUUAAAUUAUAAAAAUAAUAAUACAAGAAGAAACUCCGUGUUUCGAGUACUCACAGCUGUAAGCCUACUUUUGCCCCACCCUGUCUACACAGUGUAUUUGACACGGCUGUGAAGGUGGUUUCUAGCUCCUCCUCCGCAUGGCACAGCUGGCAGAUUUUGUAGUUUACGCAGGCUACAGGCUCUGCAUUUACAAAUGUGUAUGUCUGUCUCUUGACGAUAGUCAUUGAACAAAUCCCAUCACAGGAAGACAUUUCGGGUACAUUCAGUUUGAUUUUUUUUUUUUUAAUCUUAUGUUGGGAAUUUACCUUCGUUUUGUGCAUUCGUUUGUUCUUGUGGAAGCUGAUACAGUGGGAGUAGUCAUGUCAAUGUUUAUGCAAAAAUGUUUAUUGAAGUGAUUCCAUUAGUAUUGUGUUCUAAUACUUGGAGAAUGACCUUCAUUUUUAUACAUUUCUUUGUUUUAACUGCACAACUAUAAAUCCAGGAAAUGUCCCCCCCCUUUUUUUUUUACAGAAACUAAUUUUUUAUUGUAAAGUAUUUGUAAUAAUGUAAAGGUGAAUCCUAUACAUGUUCAAUAAAAAUCAUAUCUUAAAGUUUAAAAUUUCA